AUGGACAGGCUGCCGCUGACAUGCUGCCAGAUCUGCGGCGUGGGAUUCACCAUCGGCCGUCACCGGACGAGAGAGGAAGCUCUCGCCGGUACCGGCACGGGGCCAUGCGACGACUUCUCUCGACACUCAUGGAACAACUCCACGGGCUGCCAACGAGGAGGGUGCAGCGUCAUCGAUAGAAGUUUCCGAAACUACGCGUCCCAAAGAACAAUCUGCAUUACCUGGGACAGCCCCGAUGACAGUCCGGGCGCUGCAACACCCAGCCACAUUGAGCCGAUCCCGACCCUGGGCAACGACUCCAUCGCCAUGUGGACGAUGGAGCAUUUAGCAGGUCCAGACUGUCCAUGUGACGGUGCAUAUAAUGGAAAUUUCAUAUCCGCUGAGGAGAUGCUCGGGUGCUGUACGUGUCAAUGUCUGAUACCAAAGCCGCAAUUCACCGUCCCCGAGCUUGACGACGCAGACUUCGAGUCCAACUCGGAUUUUAUGCUCACUGGCCUUUCCGACAAUAUGCCCAUUCGCAGUAGAGUUGGGCUCUUCUUCCCUGAACGCCAUGGUCUAGGUUCAUGCAUUGCCGCCAACUUUUUUAACAGUCCUGAUUACGCCCAUUUGACAGGCAUGCCAUUCCACCCAACCUGUCUUGAAGUUUAUAAACGUGCCUCUCUACUGCGCUUUGGUCACGUAGACAUGGAGGCACUAUAUUAUUGGUACUGUCUUGAGGCAGACUUCGAAACGUUUGCCUCGUUUCCUCGAGAUGAGGCCGUCCGCCGUGGUACUGCUUGGGACCAUGACCCCAGUAUUCCGCAGCAGUGGAAUCACUGCCGAGGAGAUGAAGCGUUGGUUGCUAACCCUGUCUUUGUUCCGGCGCUUCCCUCAAUAUUUGAGAAUGCAGCAUCUCGCGGCGCAUCCAUAUCGAGCUUGGAUGAAGACGCCAUCGACAUCAGCUCCCGCGACCCCCACCAAACAAGCGACAUAUUUGCUGUCCUUCCUUAUGAGUUACGAUUUAUGGUUCUCUCGCACCUCUCCCCUCAAGAUAUUGCCACACUACGACUUGCGUCUCACACUUUCCGACAACUUCCUCAAUCCUUCUUUCGCUAUCUCCUUCGGAGGGAAUGCCCCUGGCUGUGGGAGAUUUGGUCAGAUUUGAAAUACUCGUUCUGGGCCUCAGAGAAGCCUGCACCAUUCACAGAAGACGGGCUAGAGUGGCAAGAAAAAAGAUUCAACUUCGAACAGAGCAUUCCUGUUAUUAGGCCGGGGAACAGCACACCGAAACCUUAUUCAACUUCAACCAGCGAGAGUGAACUGCCCUCACCAACUCCUGUGCUGUAUUGCGAUUUGACGACAAAUUGGGGGCGUCUUCGGGGCUUGCAAAAUCGAAAGCGCAUCUGGAAAGACUGCCAGGAAAUUCUUCAUCGGAUCCAGCGCUUCAAGGAAGCAGGAAUUAUCAGUCCAGAGAUCAACACGAUAGAAACACGUCGCCAGACAGCCGAAAGGUCAGAAUUGGCGUUGAGGAUCAACAGAGCGUGGCAUAGAUAUCGCAUGCGUAGUCUGCCCCUCCAGACAUUCAACUGGGAGGAAUGGGCAACUGAUUCAGAGGACGAGGAAUAG